AUGAAGGCUCUCAUUCUUGUCGGCGGGUUUGGCACCCGCCUGCGUCCUCUCACCCUUACCUUGCCGAAGCCGCUGGUCGAGUUUGGCAACAAGCCCAUGAUCCUGCACCAGGUCGAAAGCCUGGCCGCAGCGGGCGUCACCGACAUCGUCCUUGCCGUCAACUACAGGCCCGAGAUAAUGACUGCGGCGCUGAAGAAGUACGAGGAGCAGUACAACGUCCGCAUAGAGUUCUCCGUCGAGAACGAGCCCCUGGGCACCGCCGGCCCGCUGAAGCUCGCCGAGAAGAUCCUGGGCAAGGACGAUUCGCCCUUCUUCGUCCUCAACUCCGACGUCAUCUGCGACUACCCCUUCAAGCAGCUGGCCGAAUUCCACAAGGCCCACGGCGAUGAGGGCACCAUUGUCGUCACAAAGGUUGAGGAGCCGUCCAAGUACGGCGUGGUCGUCCACAAGCCCGGCCAUGCUUCACGCAUUGACCGUUUCGUCGAGAAGCCCGUCGAGUUCGUGGGCAACCGUAUCAAUGCCGGUAUCUACAUUUUGAACCCCUCGGUGCUGAACCGUAUCGAGCUGCGCCCCACUUCGAUUGAGCAGGAAACCUUCCCCGCCAUCUGCAAGGACGGUCUCCUGCACUCGUUUGACCUGGACGGUUUCUGGAUGGACGUCGGCCAGCCCAAGGACUUCCUUGCCGGAACUUGCCUCUACCUCUCGUCCCUGGCCAAGAAGGGCUCAAAGGAGCUCACUCCCAACACUGAGCCGUAUGUCUAUGGCGGCAACGUCAUGGUCGACCCCACCGCCAAGAUCGGUAAGAACUGCCGCAUAGGCCCCAACGUCACCAUUGGGCCCAACGUCGUCGUUGGCGACGGCGUUAGACUGCAGCGCUGUGUCCUGCUUGCUGGAAGCAAGAUCAAGGAUCACGCCUGGGUCAAGUCCACCAUUGUCGGGUGGAACAGCUCUGUUGGCAAGUGGGCCCGGUUGGAGAAUGUCACGGUGCUCGGUGACGAUGUCUCCAUCGGUGACGAAAUUUAUGUCAACGGUGGUUCCAUUCUGCCCCACAAGUCGAUCAAGCAGAACGUCGACGUCCCGGCCAUCAUUAUGUAA